AGUAGUCGAAAUUAAGAGAUAUUAAGGAAAGAGAGAGGAAAGAAGGAGAAAAUGGGAAGGAUUCGCAGAGAAAUGAAAUAGAAUGUUAAAGAGAAACAAGAGACCAUUCGGAAAGUGCGUGAGAUGAAAAAGAAAGAAAAAACUAGAGUGAGAGACACAGUGCGAGAGGUGAUCAGGGAUUAGAUUUUUUUUUUAAUAACGGAAAUUAUAAUUGUCUGCUAAAGAUAAGGAGAAUGAGAGAAAAGAAGAGACUGCUGAGGAAGAAACAAGUUGUAGAUAGAGAGGAAUAGAUGAAAUAAGUGUCAAAACAAUUCAUCUGAAAAGAGGGAAAAAUUAUUCAAAAGAUAAAAUAUGAGGGGUAAAAAGGAAUAAGUGAAAUAUAGAGAAAUGUACGAGAAUGAAAUAAAUAAUCAAAAAGCUACCAAAAUAAGCGGAGAAAAAAGAGUAGCUGAAGAAAAAAAUUGAUAGAAAGGAAAGCUUGCGUGAAAGAGGGGAUUAAUAGUAAAGGAAGCUUGAGUGGGGGUGUUCAGGGUGAAAGAGAGGAUUACGUGAUAGAAAGCAAAGCUUGAGUGAAAGAGAGAGGGAGUGAGUCUGCCUCGAGUCGAGGUCCAGCCGAGUCGAGCGGAGUUAAUCGGCAUUUCACCUGUCAUGUGACCAAUAUGGAGGACAAACUUCCUCCCGGUACACACACGGAGCGUCAAAGAUUCAUUUGACUGCGGCCAUGCUGGAGCACUGCCUUUAGUCGAACAAACUGACCCCAGGACUUAUUCUUUGUAACCUUUAUUUGAUUCCACUGCUGGGAGAACGGUUGCCUCUUCAGUGCUCUGCUGCUUUGCCAUGAGGAAACCCCUCACAUGUGUCUCAUAAUGGGCACAUCCAUUAUAGAAGUUAUCAUCUUGUAAUGAAAUGGAAGAGGAGAGCAAUGUCAUUUAUUUCAGUAUUCAUUGACAAAGGACACUGACUUUUUUUUUUCUUGCUACAGCUGAAGAUGUGAGAAGAUAAAGCAAGACAGCAGUUACUUGAUAAACAAGGGCAAAUGAUGUCCUGUGAUCCAUAUUGAACUCAUAGCAUACCAAGUGUCUUGUCAUUACAUUAAUUUUAUAUAUACAUACAUAUACAUAUAUAUAUAUAUAUAUAUAUAUAUAUAAUAUAUAUAUAUAUAUAUAUAAUAUAUAUAUAUAUAUAUUAUAUAUAUAUAAUGUUAAUGCUGGCAUACUUCUUGUAUUAAUACCAAAAUCUAGAGUAUAAUUGCCACAUUCAAGACUGUUUCAAUCUUGAUACAAUAUUUAUGUUGUUAAACACACAACAUAUAAUAACCCCCAUGCUCAUACUAUAAACACACAAUGUCAAAGACCAAAAUAUCAACACUUGCCAAAUUCUGACUUCAGUUUUAAUUAAAGAAGGGUGUGGCAUUGGACUUUAUUUCAGCUCAUAUUUAUACCCAAGCUACCUAAUGUCUACAGUAGUAGGUAGAUAGUUUUAGUAACUUAAAAGGUAGUUGAUGGCACACUCUAUUAGACAUUGAUUCUAAUGAACUACUCAUUGGAGUUCUAUAACUCCAUUGUUUCUUAGGGUAGCAAGAAUUGUUUAUCUAUUUUCUCUCACUCACUCUCUCUAUGUCUUCAACCUCCUUGCUAAUAAUUUAAACAUUUUUCACCUUCUCUCUCAGUUUUAACUGUUGAAAGGCCAGUAGUUUUUAUUUAUUUAUUUUUUUUUUUGUAAGAAAAUCAUCAUCUUCAUCCAUUCCUUGUGUCUCACCGUUCCAUUCAGCUAACUAGUCACACUUCAUUACAUUUCAGCAUGCAUUACUGUCACCUCCCAUCAGCUGCAAUAUCUAUGCAUUAUAUAUCUUUAACUGUUUUAUAACAUCUCUAUUGAAAUUGUACAGCAGUUGCAAUGUUCACUUCCAGAAAUCAGGUGGACAUUUGUCUAGUCAAUCGAUGGCUCAAAAUACUUUGGUCACACUACUGCUAACAUUGCUGUGAAACUGCUAAGAUAAUAGGGCCACUACUGCACCAGACCAAACACUGCUACCUCAUUGUUCUGCAUUAUAAUAAUUACACACCACUCUGUCAUUAAUCCCUAGCACUUGCUGAGAUUUCCACCUGACCUUUCUCAUACAACAAAAAAAAAUCACAUACUCGUGUGUGCAAGCACACAUGCACGCACACAUGCGUGCAACCUAACCUUCCCUAUUUUUUGCAUUCUCCAUUAUGAAUCACAUGAUCAACACAUCGAACUUUGAACUUUCUGAGGCCAUCCACAAUAUGGAGCGGUCACACAGCUGUGACAUCUGUGGCAAGGGUUUCACCCGCUACGAUAACUUGGAGCGGCACAGGCUGUCCCAUCGGGUUGACAAACCCUUCCGCUGUGACACUUGUGGCAAGAGUUUUUCACAGAAAUCCCACCUGAAGCAGCAUAAGGUAAUCCACACAGGUGUGAAACCAUUCAAAUGCCAUUUGUGUGGAUCAGCCUUUAGCCAAAAUGGCAACUUGACACGUCAUAUGAAGACUCAUGGCAUUGCCCCAACCAUCAGCACACAGCACCAUGACAACCAGAGUGAAACAUACAUGCACACACAUUCGCAAAUCUAUGCAAAUGAUAAGCCUUUCAAGUGCAACGUCUGCGGUGCAGCUUUUUCUCGAAAUGGUGACCUCACGCGACAUUUUCGCACUCAUGAGGAGUCACUCCUACCACAGAACAACCCAAAUUUUAAUUCUGGAUAUGGGAGCAGUAGUGGAAGUGGAGGGAACAGCAGUGGGGGAAGAGGUGGUGGUGGUGGUAGCGGUGGUGAUGGUGGAGGAGGUGGUGGAAGUAGCGGAGGUGGAAACCCGGGGUUCAGCUCUUCAUACAACAAUAAUGACAACCCUUUCAACUGCCGAGCCUGCUGGAAGGCUUUCACUGAGCGAACUGAUGCAGGACUACAUGAGCGCAUUCAUGCUGCACUUUUGCCAUACCGGUGCGAACUAUGUGGCAAGGCCUUCGCUGAGAACAGCUACCUAACUCGCCACAAGAGGGCGCACACAAGGGAGAAGCUGUUCAACUGCGAAGUCUGCAACAAGUCAUUUAGUCAGAAGUCACACUUGAAGGUGCAUCAUCGCAUCCACACAGGUGAACGACCAUUCAGGUGUGGGCUGUGCGGCUAUGCUUUCGCUCGCAAAGACCAUCUGGAACGGCAUCAGAGGAACAACAAAAACGGUGGUAAACUAAGCUGUGUGCCACGGCAGCAGCAUGCAACAUCAGCAACCACUGUAGCCACUACUGUCCCUGCCAAUGACAGUGGACAACAAGUGUCCUCUAAUGCCGGCGGCACAAUCAGUGUGUCGCAGCAGACCACGUCACACGAGGUGCAGCCUCAACAAGAUGCAGAUGUGCCUCAUUAUAUGAAUAUAUGACCCUGUCGAGAACAGAAAUGUAUCCUGGGGAAUUGGUUGUAGCUGGUCAGCUUAAUUGGAGGUGGAGGGGGAAUCAACAAAAAAGCAAUGAACAUUUCAGCCAUUUGGGCCAUUGCUGUCCACUGGUCAAAUUUAGUUGACUUUUUUUAUUGUUUAUUUUUUGUUUUAUAUUUUUUUCCAUGAUUUCCUCCUCCUCUUGUUCUACAGUGAUGAUGAUAGUGAUGGUGAUGGCGAUGGUGAUUGUUCAACUAUAUCUCCACCUUCUCCCACCUCUAAUCCUUUCUCUCAUUAACUUUUACUUAAUCUCUUUUUUCCCUUUCAGUUUCACUUUUCUCCACCCCAUCCUCUGUAUCAAGGACAAUAUUACACACUGAAUGUUCUAUGCCGCCAGAACAAACCAAAGAAAAGAAACCAAUGCACAUACACACACACACACACACAUACAAGGUAACUUUGAAGGAGAAGGAAGAGGAGUUGGUGGAGAAGGUUAAACAAUAACAAAAAAAAAACUAAAAGAAAACAUAAACAAAAACUGAUAUUUUGAA